AUGGACGAUACCUCUUGUGAAGUCCUUCAAGGUGUGGCACACCUGAUGAUUGGCGACCAAGGCGCCAUCUUUGAUGAGUCAGCACGGAAAGAUGACGAGGUGUUUCGCCUGGCCGUGGCAGAUCUCAAUUUGAACAACGAGAUCUUGGAGACGGAGAAGAUCACCAUCUCUGUGGAAUUCGUUGAUGGGAACAACCCCUUCCAGGCUGUGCAAGAAGCCUGCGAGCUGAUGAACCGUGGUAUCCUGGCUCUGGUCAGUUCAAUCGGCUGCAUGUCAGCAGGCAGCCUUCAGACUCUGGCCGACGCCAUGCACAUCCCCCACCUCUUUAUCCAGCGCUCCCCAGCGGGAUCACCCCGCUCCGCUUGCCCCCAAACCAGUCGCCUCCCUGGAACAGAUGACUACACCCUUAUGGUCCGCCCACCUGUCUAUCUCAACGAGGUCAUCAUGCAAGUGGUGUCUGAGUACAGCUGGCAGAAAUUCAUCCUCUUCUAUGAUUCUGAUUUUGAUAUCCGAGGUAUUGAGGAUUUCCUGGAUCGGACUUCUCAGCAGGGAAUGGACGUAUCCCUUCAGAAGGUGGAGUCCAAUAUCAACAUGAUGAUCACAAGUCUGUUCAGAACAAUGCGUGUGGAAGAGCUGCAUCGCUACAGGGAUACACUACGCAGAGCCGUGCUAUUCAUGAGCCCAGCUACUGCCAAGGCUUUUAUCACUGAGGUGGUGGAGACCAACCUGGUGGCCUUUGAUUGUCACUGGAUCCUGAUAAAUGAGGAGAUCUCAGACUACGACUUACAGGAGUUGGUUAUGAAGUCGAUCGGUCGGCUGACGUUGGUGCGCCAGACGUUCCCCAUGCCUCAAAACACAACUCAGCGCUGUGUGAAACACAACCACAGGAUUAACACUUCCCUCUGUGACCCUAAAAACCCCAGGGCUCAGCAACUAGAGAUCACCAACCGCUACAUUUAUGAUACUGUGUUGCUGCUGGCCAAUACCUUCCACAGAAAGUUGGAGGAUAGGAAGUGGCACAGCAUGGCCAGUCUGAGCUGCAUCAGGAAGAAUUCCAAACCAUGGCAGGGAGGCAAAAGCAUGCUGGAUACUGUCAAAAAGUUCGGAGUGAGCGGCCUCACCAGUUUCCUGGAGUUCACUGACAAUGGCAGUAACCCCAACAUCUUCUUUGAAAUCCUGGGAACAAAUUAUGGAGAAGACAGGGGACGAGGAGUCAGUAGGCUGGCAACGUGGGACCCAGUCCACGGCUUGAAUGGCACGCUGACAGACAGGAAAUUGGAAAAUAACAUGAGGGGUGUGGUGCUACGAGUUGUCACUGUUCUGGAGGAGCCAUUCGUGAUGGUGUCAGAGAAUGUUCUGGGAAAGCCGAAGAAGUACCAGGGCUAUUCCAUUGACGUCCUGGAUGCUCUGUCCAACUAUCUGGGCUUUAAGUAUGAGAUCUACGUCGCCCCAGACCACAAAUAUGGCAGCUUACAGCCCGACGGUCAGUGGAACGGACUGAUGGGUGAAUUGGUCUUCAAGCGAGCCGAUGUGGGACUCUCUGCCCUGACCAUCACGCCUGAGCGAGAGAGUGUCGUGGAUUUCACCACACGCUACAUGGAUUAUUCUGUGGGCGUUCUGCUGCGAAAGGCCGAACGCACCGUGGACAUGUUUGCCUGCCUGGCACCCUUCGACCUGUCACUGUGGGCGUGCAUUGCGGGCACUGUGCUCCUCGUUGGCAUCCUGGUGUACUUGCUCAACUGGCUCAACCCACCCCGGCUACCCAUGGGAUCUGUGUCCUCAACAACACUGUACAAUUCCAUGUGGUUUGUGUACGGCUCCUUUGUACAACAAGGUGGAGAGGUGCCCUACACCACUCUAGCUACGAGGAUGAUGAUGGGCGUUUGGUGGAUGUUUGCUCUUAUUGUCAUUUCCUCGUAUACUGCCAAUCUAGCAGCUUUCCUCACCAUCACACGCAUUGAGAACUCCAUACAGUCUCUCCAGGACUUAUCCAAGCAGACAGAGUUGCCUUAUGGUACAGUGUUGGAUUCUGCUGUAUAUGAUCAGGUGCGCUCCAAGUCUAUGAACCCCUUUGAGAGAGAUCCCAUGUACUCCCAGAUGUGGCGGAUGAUUAAUCGCACUGGAGGAGGAGAAAAUAACGUUGAGGAGUCGAAAGAAGGCAUUCGCAAGGAAGAGAGCAGGAGUUAG